AUGUCCGAGAGUUCAAGGUCUCGGGUCACAGUAACCCUCGGCCGCAGUGGACAAGUAGUGAAAAGGGCACGGGAUGGAUUAAAUAUUCCUUUUAUUGAUUCAGAGCAAACAGUUGGAGGCAAACGAUCAAUUAGAGAUAGGCUAGGAAGUGAUUCCGAUUCAUCUAAUCAAUUUAACAGUAAACGACAGCGAAGUGAUGGUAAUGCUGCCAAUGGCAUUGAUGACAUUCAUCUAAGUAAAGGUGAUCUCCGGUUCAAAAUCCUGCAAAAAAGUAAACAGAAGCAACGUCAAAAUGACCAGCAGAGUGGGACAGACCUUCGCAACAUUCUGUCAAGGCCUGCUCAAUCUUCAACAAAUAGUCUAGGUACACGGGCACGGAGGUCUGAGUCAAAGGAGACGAGGCUGCAUCAUACGGAUCCCAGGGAUGGUAGACAGCAUUUUCCAGAGACACGGGAUGGUAGGCAGCUAAUGACUAUGACCAUGGAUUCUAGACAGAGCAUCCGUGACUACAGAGAACUGCAGAUACAUGAACCUAGGGAGCAACGCAUGUCUGACCCCAGGCAAAAGUUCAUGCCUGAAUCCAGGGAAGCUAGACGAAGCUUUCCCGAACUAAAGGAUGUUAGUCAGUAUAUACCUGAGCCAAGUCGUUCUAGUGUCAUGAGGCCCAUGCCAGGCUCGAGAACUGCGAAUGCUGCUACCAAGGUGGACUCAGUGAUUAAUUCUUAUUCUCCCUGGACUGUAGAUAGUUUAAGACGGAGAUCGCCAGAUGAAACUUUGGCAAGUUUUAGAGGUCUGUCACCAACCAAGAGAGAUGAAGGAUUGCAGAGAAGGCUUCCAGUUAGGGCUUAUGAUGACACCAGAACGAGCACAUAUAUGAGCAAAGAUGCAUUUGAGUUUUCAAGGCCAAUGAGUUCAUCAUCUUACCUGACUAAUAUGGUUCCACCUGCUGCACAAAUGAAGAACGUGGCACCAGUAGUUGCUCCACUUCUUCCGGGCAGUCUUGUACGGAAUAGCUCAUAUGUGGUCGAUGACCAACUUACGGUUGACAGCUUUUUGCUGUCACUGGGCCUUGAAAAAUAUGCCAUUCACUUUAAGGCUGAGGAAGUGGACAUGUACGCUUUGAGGCAGAUGGGUAAUAGUGACCUUAAAGACUUGGGAAUACCUAUGGGGCCAAGGAAAAAGAUCCUGCUCUCCUUGCUACCUCUUUCGAAACGACAAGCACGAUAA